AUGCUAGCAACGGACUGUCCAUUGGAACUGUCGCUUUCGGUUUGCCUUGAUCAGUAUCGAGUAGUCGAAGAACAGAGACAAACGGUGCGACUCGCUUCUGCAAUCGCAAUGCUGCAGAGUUACGCAAAACUCAUCCUCUCCCCCACCAAAACACUUCUCUUCGGUCUCCAUUCAAACCCCAAAACCCUAACCACCGCAGCCUCAGCCCGAGACGAGUACUUCGCGGUGAUCCACCACGUCUCCAACAUCGUGCGCCGCGACUUCUACCUGGAGCGCACUCUCAACAAGCUCCGCAUCCACGUCACCCCGGAGCUAGUCUUCCGCGUCCUUCGCGCAUGCUCCACCGCCCCCACGCCCUCCCUCCGCUUCUUCAACUGGGCCCGCUCCCACCCCUCCUACACCCCCACUUCCCUCGAGUUCGAACAAAUCGUCACCACCCUCGCCCGCGCCAACAACUAUCAAACCAUGUGGUCCCUCAUCCGCCAAGUCACCCUCCACCACCGCCUCUCCCUCUCCCCCGCCGCUGUCGCCGCUCUCAUCGACGCCUACGGCCACCACCGCCACGUCGACCAGGCCGUUGAGGUCUUCAACAAGGCCGCUCUCCUCAACUGUCCCCAAACCCUCCCGCUCUACAACGCCCUCCUCAAAUCCCUCUGCCACAACCGCCUCUUUCACGGCGCCUACGCCCUCCUCCGCCGCAUGCUCCGCAAGGGCGUCCACCCUGACAAGACCACCUACGCCGUCCUUGUCAACGCCUGGUGCUCUUCCGGCAAACUCCGGGAGGCCAAGCUCUUCCUCAGGGAAAUGAGCGACAAGGGUUUCAACCCUACCCUUCGUGGCCGCGACCUUCUUGUCGAGGGCCUGCUCAACGCCGGUUACGUCGAAUCAGCCAAAGGAAUGGUCAGGAAGAUGAUCAAGGAAGGGAUCGUUCCCGAUGUUGGAACUUUCAAUGCCGUGGUGGAGACAGUGAGCAAGGAAGAGGUUCAGUUUUGCAUUGAUCUUUAUCACGAAGUUUGUGCUUUAGGGAUGGUUCCUGAUGUCAACACUUACAAGAUUCUUAUUCCCGCGGUUUCUAGAAGUGGCUUCAUUGAUGAGGCCUUUAGGUUGCUCAAUAAUUUCGUUGAGGAUGGUAACAGUCCCUUUCCUAGCUUGUAUGCGCCUGUUAUUAAGGCUCUGUGUAAGAGGGGACAAUUUGAUGAUGCUUUUUGCUUCUUUGGGGAUAUGAAGGCCAAGGCACACCCCCCUAAUCGCCCUCUCUAUACCAUGUUGAUUACCAUGUGUGGUCGUGCCGGGAAGUUUGUGGAGGCGGCGAACUACCUCUUUGAAAUGACUGAGAUGGGGUUGGUCCCCAUCUCGCGCUGUUUUGACAUGGUUACUGAUGGGUUGAAGAAUUGUGGCAAACAUGAUUUGGCUAAUAGAGUGCAACAGCUUGAAGUUUCUAUCCGUGGUGUUUGA